AUGAAGUGCAAAGCUUGUGAACUUUGCAAUCAACAAGCUUCUUUCUAUUGCCUCUCUGAUUCAGCUUUUCUCUGCGGGAACUGCGACUACGCCGUUCACCGUGUUAACUUCCUCGUCGCUCGCCAUCAUCGACAUAUCCUCUGCUCCAAAUGCGAAGCUUUCACCGGAAUUCACAUUACCGGCACCGAACUCCACCGCUUCCCGUCAACGUGCCGCUCUUGCUCUCCGGAAAAUCAUUCCGAUGAUACCGAUUCUCAGUGUUCUUCUUCAGAGUCCUGCGUUACGGCACCAAAGAGGACUAUAACUCAGAGGAUGAAGACUAGUUCGAGUUUGAGUUCUGUUACCGGCGAUGGAUCUCAGAUCGGGACUAAAAGUGUUGGAUCGGCGGCGGAGGAGCUUUUUGUGAAAUGGAGCAGAGAGUUAGCGUUAGGAUUUGCGGUGAACGGGAAUCGCGUGGCGGUGGAGGCUUUGCGCGUGUGUUUGAGAAAGUGGAAGUUACUUCCGUUGAAAGUGAGUGCUGCGGCGUCGUUUUGGUUGGGGCUAAGAUUGUGUAGGGACAGUUGUUUUGCCACGUUUCAGAAUCUGAUUCGGUUGGAGAAAAUAUCAGGAGUGCCAGCUAAGCUGAUUUUGGCUGCACAUGCCAAGCUCGCACGUGUCUUCAUGCAUCAAAUUGAACGGCAAGAAGGAUCUGAUGAGUGCUGA